AUGAAUCACAGCUGUGGACAUUCAGUGAAUUGAGCUAGAAGAUGAUUCUUUUCGUUUUGUCUGCUGGUGUUUUUCUGCUGCAGUCUGAAUGUUGCCCAGCUUGGAGAUGAGUUACAAACUGACUCAUGUGUUUCUCAGAGAGAGUUUGCCGCCAUGAAAGAAAAAUUGGAAAUUUUGGAAAAUAUGCUGAAAGACAGUGAAACCAGGCUGAUCAACAGUGAGAGCCAGAUUGCUGAACUAAAGUAUCAAGCAAACCAAAAGACGAUAUUUAGUGCAGCAUUGGGAGGACGUGGCACCAUUGGACCCUUCAACAAAGACACAUCUUUAAUCUACAGAAAAGUUAUUACAAACGUUGGCACUGCUUACAGUCCAUCAACAGGUAUCUUCACUGCACCUGUUGCAGGUGUUUAUUACUUUACCAUCUUCUAUCAUGCUGGAGGAAAGCAUGAGGGAAAGCUGUUCUUGUACAAGAACAACCAGGUGAUGGUCAUGACCCCUGAUCAUCGGUCAGACUCUGAUACAGCCGAUAAUGGAGGAAACGCAGUGUUCCUGCAGCUGCAGCAAGGUGACCAGGUGUAUGUCCACUUGGCUGCAAACGCACAUGCUUGGGGAUACGACCACCAUACAACUUUCAGCGGUUUUCUGGUCACUCAAAUGUAAAAAAUUGAAAUUAUGUAUCCCUUUGUUGGGCUACAGAAUCAAUAUUUGGGUAAAUACAGCACUCAUCCAUGCCUGAAGAUAUUUCUAUUAACCUCUGAUCAAUGAUAAAUGUCAAUGUUUUUAAUGAUUUAAAAUAAAAAUGUUGUUCUUAAUACUGUAUACCAAAAAUAAAUUGUCUGACAAAAGUA